AUGAGUUGCGUGGGCGAUCCCUACCCGUGUUUAUUCGACAAUCGUCUAUUUAAACAAGAGGGGGUGCGGCAGGCGGCAGGGGUGCGGGUGGCAGGGCGGUUCGGGUCGCGGGGUGCGGGGUGCGCGCGCAGGGCGCCCCGCACCGCGUUACUCGGCCGUCAGUCGCCCGCCGACUCUGCUUUAGCUUGUGUGACUCGCGCCGCUCCGUGCACUGCACUCGUGCCCCGAUUACGACGCGCGCCACCCCGCCGUGGCGAACGCGACUUCUAA